AUGUCUGAUGGUGAUGAUUCACUCCUGAAUGUGGGAGCACAAUUCAACUCUACUAAAAUUGAGCAGUCCUCAGCACGUCAAGUGAAUCUCAUGUAUUCUUAUAAAUUUCUUGUAGAUGCCUACCUAAAAUCAUCUAAAUCAUCGGUCACGUGUUCAAAGAAGGAAGAGGCUGCCAAUAAAGGACUUUAUGAAGCAGCUGAAGCAUUCAAAAGAUACGUAUUAAAUCAGGAUAAAGAAAAAUCUGAGUCAUUACGCGAAAAGUUCUCAUCAACUGCAUUGAAUUUCAACUCUGAUAUAAAUGCAGUUGUCGACAAAAUAGUCGAGGUGGAGCAUCAACGAUUUCAUUACCUACAAUUCCUUUGUCCAAAAGAGAGGGUGGAAAUGUUAACAGAAACAGUGAUCGCGGAGUUUAAUGAUCCAAAAGAAUAAACAUCGUCUAUCAGCAAUGGAUCAGCACACUGGAGGAACAUAUCUACAAUACAUUGAAGUUCUGUUCAGCAAUUUACAUUAUUUAAAUUCGUAGCUCUCUCUUCCACAGCACAUCCUGUUUCUAUCUCCAUUUUUGUAACUGAAGUGUAAUAUAAAUAAAUAAAUGUUUGUGUCUUUUC